AUGUUGAUCUCCUGUGCAUUCCUUACUUUACUUGUUCCAGCUAUUGCAUCGUCCCUCACUUCCUCCGCAAAUAUUGGCAUUACUUUCGAGCCGAGCCAUGAUCUCCCUUUGCUGAAGCUCCCAUACGGAACCUGGCGAGCGUACGAAUUCAAUAGCGAAGAAGAUGUCUACACGUUUCGCAACAUCCGCUACGCUGCUCCGCCAGUCGGUGACCUGCGCUGGUCGAAACCGGCGCCUCCGAAGUCGAUUCAUGGCAUUCAGGACGGCUCCUACGGUCCCAACUGCAUCCAAGAUGAGAUUCCGGAGGUCUUUUUUAUGCCUGGAGUAAAAGGUCUUUUUGCGAGUGCAGACGAGGAUUGCCUGUUUUUGGACAUUUACGUACCCGGAAAGGUGCUAAAGAAGCGUAAAAGCAAGGUUCCCGUGAUUGUUUGGAUACACGGAGGAGCUUACGUCAGCGGCUCAAAGGACCAAGCAGUCAAAUCGGGAUACUACAACGGGACAAGCCUCAUCAAACGAGCCGAUGACGACCUGAUUGUCGUAACCAUCAACUACCGCCUCGGUGCCUUCGGCUUCCUCGCUGGAGAGCCUCUGCAGGAUCACGGCACCUUCAACGCGGGUCUCCACGACCAGCGAGCGGCGCUGACCUGGGUCCAGAAGUAUAUCCACCUCCUUGGCGGCGAUCGUGAUAACGUGUCUGCGUGGGGUCAGUCGGCUGGCGCUGGGUCCCUGAUCUAUCAUCUCAUUGCAGAAGGAGGAAAGCUUGACCCGCUCUUUAGAAGAGUGAUAAUGCAGAGUCCUUCUGUCGAUACUAGUGUGAACACCCAAGUUAGUUACGAGCGGUUUGAAACCUUUGCGGCCGCUGUAGGGUGUCCCACUAAGGGGGUCAAUUCCCUCCACUGCUUGCGCUCGGCUAAUAGCACGGCGUUGAGGAAGGCAAACGAGGAGGUAUUUAUGGGUAUAUCUUUUCCGGUGCCAGAUGGGAAGUAUAUCCAGAGUCCGGCACUGGUUGAAUAUGCGAAAGGCAACACCUGGAAAGACAUCGACUCGGUCCUCGUCAGCCACGUCCUCGACGAAGGAUCCCUCUCCGUCCCGGACGACGUUCCAGAAGGCCUGCUACAAGACUUUAUCACCAGCAGUCUCCCACCGAACUCGACAAAGCAGGCCUCAUUCAUGAUUGCCCUCUUCGAAUCCCUCUACGCAAAUUAUACAGAAAAGGAAAAGGUUGCUGCCGUCUACACAACCCUCUUCUUCACCUGCAACAUCCGCGCUGUCCUGGAAGCCUACCCAAAUCCCGCCUGGGCGUUCCAGUAUAGCUUCAUGGACGGCGACAUAAACGCAAUGCACGCUGGCGAUAUUCCCGCGACGUGGUACAGCUCAGAGCUCCCGCUCCCGGACAACUAUACUGGCACCGUCUCGGACCCGCUCUUCUCACAGUUCCAGCGGUAUCUUACGAACCAUGCGCGCACUGGAAAUCCGAAUACUCCUUGUUCCAGGACGCCGGAGUAUAAGCUGGCGUACUGGCCGAAAGUUAGUUGGCUAGAUGCGGAUGUCCCGAGGAAUGUGCUGAACAUGGUGAACGAGGGGUUUGAGGUUAUCAGUGAUGAGCAGAUGUCGAAGGCGGUUUGUGAUGCUUGGACUCGGGCGCUUGUGGAGGCUCUUGAGGGGGGAUCUUGA